AUGAUAGCACAAUGUGAUGUUAGACUGGUCAAUGGUAGUAAUCACUGCUCUGGUAGAGUUGAGGUCUUUUAUGAUGGCCGUUGGGGAACUGUGUGUGAUGACUCUUGGGACAUUAAUGAUGCCGCUGUGGUGUGCAGACAGUUGGGAUGUGGAAAAGCUCUUAGUGCAAAGAGUAUGGCUUUUUUUGCUCAGGGGAGUGGCAAGAUCUGGCUGGAUGAUGUUGCAUGUUCUGGAAGUGAGAGCAGCAUAAAACAGUGCAAACACAAUGGACUUGGAUCACAUAACUGUGGACACCAAGAAGAUGCUGGUGUUAUAUGUUCAGACUUGUUAAGAUUGGUUAAUGGCUCUGAUUCCUGCUGUGGAAGAGUAGAGCUCCUUUCCAACGGCCAAUGGGGAACUGUGUGUGAUGAGAGCUGGGACAUAACAGAUGCUGAUGUUGUGUGCAAACAAUUAAACUGUGGCAGAGCCAUCAGCGCCUCUCACAGUGCAGCAUUUGGUCAGGGAAGUGGAGUGAGUUGGACAAAUAAUUUAAGAUGUGUUGGAAAUGAGACCACCUUUAUGAAUUGCUUAGAAAAAAGUCAACGUAGCUGUGGCCCUAAUACAGAUGCUGGUGUUGUUUGUACAGGUAAUCUGCAGACGCCCACGCUUACCAUUAUCUCUCAUUCAGUUGUGUCUCCUGGAGAAAACAUUCAGUUCAGAUGCACAACACCUAAUCCAAGAUGUCAGGAAAAUGCUGAAUUCCACCUGUUCAGAAGAUCAUCCACAAUAUCCUCUCAAACAAGUGUAUCUAGUGUGACUUUCAGUCUGACUGUAGACGUCUCACAUCAGAAUCAGUACAGCUGUGAUUACUCUUACAGGAAUGACACCAUCAAGUCUUCCAGGAGUAACACUAUUGAAAUCACUGUAGUGAACCUGCAGAAGCCCAAAAUUUCUCUCAGUGGAUUAUUUGACUUUGGUCCUCAGGGUUCAGUGAUCACCAGAGGUCACAACUUCACUAUUACUUGUUCAUCUGUAUCUCAGUAUUCUGGAGGCUUCUUCUCUCUGUUCAGUGGAUCAAACAUCAUCAGUCGUGAAUCAGCUGUCAAUCACUCAGCCGUCUUCAUCUUUCCUGAGGCGGAUUAUUCACAUGAGGGAAACUACAGUUGUGUUUAUAAAGUGAAUGUGUCCUCACGGAACUUCUAUUCAGAUGUGUCUGACCCGCUGCUCAUUACUAUCAGAGGAGGUGAUGUUAGACUGGUCAAUGGUGGUAAUCGCUGCUCUGGUAGAGUUGAGGUCUUUCAUGAUGGUCGUUGGGGAACUGUGUGUGAUGACUCUUGGGACAUUAAUGAUGCUACUGUGGUGUGCAGACAAUUGGGAUGUGGAAAAGCGGUUACUGCAGACAGUGGGGCUUAUUUUGGCCAGGGCAGUGACCCAAUCUUACUGGAUGAUGUUGCAUGUUCUGGAAGUGAUGUUAGACUGGUCAAUGGUAGUAAUCGCUGCUCUGGUAGAGUUGAGGUCUUUCAUGAUGGUCGUUGGGGAACUGUGUGUGAUGACUCUUGGGACAUUAAUGAUGCUGCUGUGGUGUGCAGACAGUUGGGAUGUGGAAAAGCUCUUAGUGCCAACAGUGGGGCUUUUUUUGCUCAGGGGAGUGACCCAAUCUGGCUGGAUGAUGUUGCAUGUUCUGGAAGUGAGAGCAGCAUAAAACAGUGCAAACACAAUGGACUUGGAUCACAUAACUGUAAACACAGUGAUGAUGCUGGUGUUAUAUGUUCAGACUUGUUAAGAUUGGUUAAUGGCUCUGAUUCCUGCUGUGGAAGAGUGGAGCUCCUUUCCAACGGCCAAUGGGGAACUGUGUGUGAUGAGAGCUGGGACAUAACAGAUGCUGAUGUUGUGUGCAAACAAUUAAACUGUGGCAGAGCCAUCAGCGCCUCUCACAGUGCAGCAUUUGGUCAGGGAAGUGGAGUGAGUUGGAAAAAUCAUUUAAGAUGUGUUGGAAAUGAGACCACCUUUUUGAAUUGCUUAGAAAAAAGUCAACGUAGCUGUGAUCAUAAUACAGAUGCUGGUGUUGUUUGUACAGGUGAUCUCCAGACGCCCACACUUACCAUUAUGUCUCAUUCAGUUGUGUCUCCUGGAGAAAACAUUCAGUUUAGAUGCACAACACCUAAUCCAAGAUGUCAGGAAAAUGCUGAAUUCCACCUGUUCAGAAGAUCAUCCACAAUAUCCUCUCAAACAAGUGUAUCUAGUGUGACUUUCAGUCUGACUGUAGACGUCUCACAUCAGGAUCAGUACAGCUGUGAUUACUCUUACAGGAAUGACAUCAUCAAGUCUUCUAGGAGUAACACUAUUGAAAUCACUGUAGUGAACCUCCAGAAGCCCAAUAUUUCUCUCAGUGGAUUGUUUGACUUUGGUCCUCAGGGUUCAUGGAUCAAACAUCACCAGGAAUGA